AAAAUGUCCUCACGACCACGAGGAUACUGUUUGAUCAUCAACAAUGUUUUAUUCCAAAACAUUCUUCCUGAAAGGUUUGGAUCUUAUGAAGAUGCAAGGAAACUUGAUGUUGUCUUUCAUGAGCUCGGUUAUGAGGUGAUCUUUCGGUCAGAUCAGACAGCACAGGAAAUCCUUGGCCUUACGAAGAAGUUUUCAGAAAAACCAGAGCAUGAGGAAGUAGAUUCCUGUGUAGUGAUCAUAUUAAGUCAUGGGGAUUAUAAUAUUAUUUAUGGAUCAGAUGCAGAAAAAGUUCAGCUAGACACAAUACUAAACUUUUUUAACAAUGAUAAUUGUCAACGACUACGUGGGAAACCCAAGAUGUUUUUCAUUCAGGCCUGUCAAGGAGACAACUAUGACAGAGGAGUUUCUAUAUGUUGUAAAGCUGACUCCAAGCCAUAUAUUCAGCAAAUAAUUCAAAAUGCAUCACAGCCUAUUAUGUCUGCUUCAUCUUGUUUACAAACCUGGUCUGAUAUGUUGAUUUCACACUCUACUUUACCUGGACAUAUUUCAUAUCGAAAUGAGAUUUCUGGAUCAUGGUAUGGCCAAGCUCUUGCAUCAGUUUUGAUGGAACAUGCACACGAGAUGGACCUUCUACACAUGCUUUUAAAGGUUGAUCAAAUAGUGAAGGAACAUAUCAAUGGUGAUGGAAAAAAGCAAGCUACUGAAACAAUUACAUUGGGAUGGAGUGGCAGACUCUAUUUCAAUCCUGGAUUGUUUAAGUAAUUAUCAUCCAGUAAACCUAAUAUAAACUGACAUUAAAACAUCAACCCGUAUUGAUCCUGUUAUUAAAUAUAGAUCUAAACUUAUCCCCUGGGGGGCACAAUUGUAAGAAUAAGAUCUUAUGAAACUAGAAUUGGAGGGUGUGAUCUCUGUGGCAGCUGUAGUGGUAAGACACAAAACAAAAUAAGCUCUUGUGGUUAUUAAUAAGAGUAAGUUUUUACUUAUACAAAUAAAAUUACAUGCUGUAUAUACAUCUUGCAGACAAA